GAACCAGAGAGAGUGAGAGAGAGACAAAGGAAGUAGAAAAUAGAGAGUGGAGGAGGUUACUGGUGAGAGCUUGAAGAUGAUGUUUCCUAAGGAGAGAGAGAUAGGUAGCAGCAGUGGUUUGGGUCAGGGUGAAGUAGAUGUUGAGAACUUGAGCUUCUUGAAGAUUUUUCAGGGUGAAGACUUAUCCUCUGAAAGCAUGAGAGCAUUUCCUUACGACUUUAUAAGAAACGUCCCUGAAAACGACUACUCAACUAACAUGGUGAUAAGGACGCAAUGGGGAAUCUCAUGGGAAGUAAAAGUCUCAAUGAACCCAAGAUUCCACUACAUGGAGAAGCGUGGAUGGAACCAGUUCGUGAACGACAAUGCCUUGGGAGAUAAAGAGCUUGUUGCCUUCACUCACACAGGACUAAUGUGCUUCAAUGUCAACAUCUACGAUGAGAGUGGCAAGGAGGUUGUCACACCUAGGAGAAGGAGGGACCGGACAAUUGCUUCUUUAAGUGGGGUCAAGAAAGAAGUAAGGGAGAGCAGGAAGGCUGAGAAGACAGGAGGAGUCAGGAGCAGGAGAUUUGAAGGAGGCGGAACAUCCAAGAAGAAGAAGAAGAUGAAGAAUAACGUUGAGCAUACUGUUCCAGAAUUCAACAUCACCAUAACGAAGUCAUACCUCUGCUACCUGCCAAUCCCAAAACAUUUUGCUGAGAAACAUAUCCGCUAUGAGGAUGAGGUGGUCACCAUCCAUGACUCCAAUGGGAACCGUUCAUGGAUGAUGAUUUGCUUGAAGAAGGAGACAUGGUCAAGGUUUGCUAGUGGAUGGGCUGUAUUGGCAAGAGAGUUCCCUUUAUCAGUCGAUGACAUUUGUACCUUCAAGUUCAUCAACCCAACCGAGUAUCACCUUGUUGUCUCCGAGAAGGAGAUCAUGACUGACUGAUGAAUGAAAUGUGUUUAAGUGUCUUGCUUUCUUCUUAUCCUUAAAGACAACUUUGAUCACUUUAGGUGUUUGUGACAGUUUCUCUCUUAGCUAACGUUUAAUGUGUUUGUGUGGUUUUAAAGACUUUAACACAAUGUUGAUGAUUAGUUUCAUCUUUUGGAUUAUUAUUAAUAUCAAUGUUUCAGUAG